CCUGUUACAUUCCCCAUUGAAACUGCUUUCCACACCAUCAGUGCACUGUUAACUCAUACCAAUUUGCCUCUCCUUGCAUUGCAGGUGGUCCGUAGUCGCCUAGAAAAGCAGGGCAUCACUGUCCACAAUGUGAGGUUGAAUGGCUCAGCAGCUAGCCAUGUGUUACAUCAGGACAGCGGUCUGGGGUAUAAAGAUCUGGAUCUCAUUUUUGGUGUUGAUCUGAAAAGCGAGGAUAUUUUCCAGCUGGUAAAAGAUGUAGUGAUGGAUUGUCUCCUGGAUUUCCUCCCAGAAGGGGUAAACAAAGAUAAGAUCACUCCCAUGACUCUGAAGGAGGCCUAUGUGCAGAAGUUGGUGAAAGUGUGCAAUGAAACUGACCGCUGGAGCCUUAUAUCACUGUCAAACAACAGUGGGAAGAAUGUGGAACUCAAAUUUGUAGACUCUCUCCGGAGGCAGUUCGAGUUCAGCGUUGAUUCUUUCCAGAUAAUAUUAGACUCACUAUUGCUCUUUGGAGAGUGCUCAGAGAACCCAAUGUCUGCAAACUUCCACCCUACUGUCACUGGGGAGAGUAUGUAUGGGGACUUUGAGGAGGCGAUUGAUCACCUGAGGAACCGAAUCAUAGCUACUAGGAAUCCAGAGGAAAUCAGAGGAGGUGGGCUUCUGAAGUAUUGCAACCUCCUUGUGAGGGGAUUUAAACCUAAAUCAGAAGUUGACAUGAAAGCCCUGCAGAGGUACAUGUGUUCCAGGUUUUUUAUAGACUUUCCUGACAUUGGGGAGCAACAACGAAAGCUGGAGUCUUACCUCCAAAGUCACUUUGUAGGGAUGGAAAGUAAAAGGUAUGAUUGCCUGAUGACCUUACACAGAGUGGUAAAUGAGAGUACAGUGUGCCUGAUGGGACAUGAAAGACGACAGACGCUGAACCUCAUUGCCAUGCUGGCCCUGAGGGUCCUGGCUGAGCGGAACAUAAUUCCAACUGUCACAAAUGUGACUUGUUAUUAUCAGCCAGCACCAUACAUCAGUGAAAUAAACGUCAACUAUUAUGUCACCCACAUGCAACCUCUUCUGCCUUGCAGUCACUCCUACCCAACUUGGCUCCCCUGCAACUGAAUACUGAAAAAAGCUCCAGUCUUUGUCUUCUCGAAGAGCAGAGGCUGUGUGUUCAGAAGAAAAGAAAAAAAAUAGGUCUCUUGCUCUGAGUAUUUUGCUCCUACAUUGGAACUAAGUCUGCUUAAUUGUGGGAAAUUGUGCAGUGAUAUGUCUAGUUACCAGAGAUGUUUACAGGAAGAAAAUGCUUGAGUUAAUGUGUAAGGUAGGUGAAAGGAUUAGGUUAAAAGCAGAACUGCACUACCUUGAAUGCAAGCUGUUUUUUUUUCUUUUUUAGUGCAAGAAGUAUUAAGGGCUGUGCAGACUCUUUUUUCUGAACAUAUUUCAAAGUGGUUAAUUCCUUUUAAGGGACCAAAGAAAUCCUAUUCAAGUGCCUGCAACCAAAAAGGAAAUACUGUAAUUUUUUUUUAGUGGCAGAAGUCUAUAUUGACAACUUAGUUAUGGAUGUCUGCCAUGAAUUUUUGGUUUUAGGAUCACACAUUCAUUUCUGUCAAGGGAACUGAAGUGGGCAGAGGCUUUCCACAGCAGCCACUGUAUCAUGGUUUGCUGUCUGACGGACCAGCAGCAUUGAUUAACAGUUGGAGCAGAGCUGGGAUGGGAAACUAAUGUGGUUCAAUUCAUAAUGAUAGAGAAAUCUUAACGAGAUGGAUUGUAUGCCCUCAUUGUGAAGGCUACAAGAGGAAAUAGAAACUACCCUAAAUUAUUAUUCAACUUAAUGUGCAGUGCCAAAACCCUAACAUGUUAAUUCCUCUUAAAGGAAAGUCUAUAGAUCAGUAUUUUGCUAUGCCAAUCAAUAUAUCUUUUUCAUGGGAGGAGGAGUAGUUCCCAGGCUUAAUGGCCUCUGUGGUUGUCAACUGGUAUUAGAGUAAAAACGAGCUGGACCCAAAACAUAAAAAGACACAGGCAUAGCCCUUUGUUCAUGUUAACAGAGAGAGCUAAAGUUAGGCCUUGGCCUACGAGCCCCCAGCUUUCUGUUUAAGAAUAGCCCACUAUAAUAUCUUGAGAACUGUGCUUCUCUUCCUGUUGGGUGUCUGUGACCACCUGCUUGACUCCACGUUAGAUUAAGAAAACAUUUUAAUACUGAUUGCUAGGGCUGUGCAAAAUUUCAUUGUCUUAAUUUGACAAAGUAUCAAUGAUGUAUUGAAUCAAGUCAUCAAACUGAAGACUAGGUUUGAUGCAUUGAAUCAGAUGAAAUGAUCCAAUUUAGAUAACUUUUGUUUGAAUUGAACUUUCGAAUUGAAUUAACCCAAUUCAUACAUUUGAAUUGACAAUUCAAAUCUGGUUAAAAAAAACAGUUUGGAUCGGAUCUGAUUUGCACAGGCCCAUUCCAUUGCCUUAUUUUUGCUAAUAAAACAUUGAUGUGGAGGAAAUUCCUCAUAUGUUGCACUUGCUUCAGUAGAAUAAGGGGGAGAGAGCUGUGGACAACUGUGCCCAAGAAAUUGUUGAAGUCUUGUAAAACUAGGUUUGGAAGUAAUUAUUUACUCAGCACAAUAGUCCUUCCUGUAUAUUUUUUGGAUUGCAUAGCAAUUAUACAACAUAUCAGUUCAGAUUAGUUUAUGCUUUUUAGAAAGCUGAGGCAGCAGAUACUUUGGCUUUUGGACAUGCCUGCUCUGUAAGGGAUACACAAAAAUGCUCCAUGGUGUAUCCAUGAAGGUUAACUGACUUACUAAUCUGUUUUCUCUGCAAUAAAACUGUACCAUGUUGGAGCAGACUAAAGAAAAAAAAAUGAAAUAAAAUAUCAUACUUGGAUUGUGUCUAGAUAACAUUCUGCCUCUUCCUGAGAGAUAAUGAGCUGAGAUGGUAAGGCAGUUGCUUAAGAUCUGCUGCCUAAUUGGCAGAUACCUACUCCAACUUCACCCACUUCAAUAUUUUUACAAGUCGUACAGACUUAGUGGAACUGCUCAUUUCUGAUAAGUCCAAUGCUGUGUAAAUACAGAGUUCUUGAAUAUAUAGAUGGCUUUUGAUGAUCUCUCCUCUAAGUACUGGUCUUCCAUGUUCUGCAAUGAAUGUGGCUGCAGUGCCUGAUGAUUAAGGGGGCUAUCCUGAGGUUUCCUCUGCCACUAGAAGGAAUGCUUUGCUUUUCCAGACUGUCUCCUUUGACUACUAUAUGAUAAUUUACAUUUAGAAGGAGAGAAUUGGGUUUGCACUAAAACCACACAGCUGGCUGGCAGCAAUAUUUUUGGCUAAAAUUAUGGGUGAAAAUUUAAAUAGUAAAAAUUGCCUCUUUUGAAAAAAGGUCAGUGCUGUGUUUGGGGAAAAAAAGCCCUCCCAUAUAACCAAGGGCUUGCUAGAUUUUUUUUUAAAGCACUUUUUGCGGUAUGGGGAUGUGUGGUAAAAUACAAGUAGAGGCUGCAUCAGAUAUAUCUGCUGUGAUACUGCUGUUUUCUUUGUGUGCAUGAGAAUAUCCUGAAGAUUUGAAGAGUUUGACACUUUGAAUGACACUUCUAGACUUACGUUUGAAUGUAUUCUGCAGCUAUCAAAUCUGUCAUGCAAUAAGCCUGACAUAAGAAUUUGCUGGAUUCUUUAGAAUCUGUCACCAUAAAUAAAUACAAUGUAUUGAACUCUGUUGGACUUACUUUACUUAAUCACACAAAGGUAUUGUGAUUUUAGUUUCUAACCCUCAAUUCUCUUUUCUGCCUGUAACAAAAUUGAUCUAGGUUAGCCUUCCCCAAC